UUACUGAUCACAUUCAGUAGGAAUUCACGACGCGAGUGGUUGUCAAUUGUAACUGAAUCCGUAGGUAUUCCCGUUAAAUUCAUUGUUCGUGUGUAACCAACCAAAUGAAAUAUUAAAUAUUGUUAGCAUUCGGUGAUAUUAUUUAUCGUAGUAGUGUGACCAGAGUUACGCAUAAUAUAACAAAGGUGAAUAAUGAAACGUUUGUCACAAAACUAAGGCUUUAGCGGUAUUUUCAUAAAGGUGUGUCGUUGUAAUUUGAAAUAGUGAGUGAACCUUGUGCAUUCACGUGAAAACAAGUGUUAUGUUACUCGCAUUUGAAUGCACUUUAUUAAGAUGUUAUGUUAUCUAAAUUAAAUUUUGAAGUUAGUUGCAUACUCGACUGAACAGCGUGUGAUUUCACAGCGAAUGCUCCCUCGACAAACAUGAGUGGAGCGUCAUCUGUAUUCCAUCAGUACAGAUCCUGAUGCCUUCUAGAAGGUUCUACGAGUUUGGCUGAGACAUGCAGUCAUGGCCAGGGGCAAAACACUAUACUCAUUGGCGGUCGUCAUACUUGGGUUUAUGUGCUUUGUGGUUGGGGCCAUAGCUGUUGGGUUACCCACUUGGGGAUAUUUUUAUAGCUAUGAUUCUGACAUAGCACUCUCCCUGCAGUCAUAUUAUUUGGAGAAUCCGAACUUCGACCAAGGAUACUUCGGACCAUGGCGUGUUUGCAAGAAACUUUUAUACAACAGGGAGAAAUGUGGCACAGAUGUGUCCAAAUUUCGACCGACCACGGCGGUAUAUCUAGCCGGAGUGGUCGGUGCGAUAGGUGUAUCGGUUCUUGGUGUAUUCUGUGUGCUGUCCGUGCUGCAGCUCGCGAUGAUCUCGUCGAAGGAGAAGGUGGGCUUCAAGUACACCCACCUCGUCAUGAUGAAGUUGGCCCUGGCGCUGCUAGCGACGCUCCUAUCGAUCGCUGCAGCCGGCCUCUUCGCAGUGCAAGGCGAUGACAGAGGGUUUUAUCUAACUAGGGGAGAAGCUUUUUAUGUACAGAUAGUAUGCAUCGUGAUAAAUUCCCUCCUAUUUAUAAUGUCUUUAUACGACACAUUAUUCUCGAGGCGAGAGGGCGGAGACCCGACCAACCCGCUCGGCGAACCGCAAGGGACUACCAUAAAUAAUCCUGGCUUUAAGGAAGGAAGAGGCAUAUCAAUGACGGACGCAUCCGGCAAACCGUACACGACCAACGGCCACGGCUCCGUCGCCUCCAUGAACACGACGGCCACCACGCUCACGGGGCUCUCGGAGGCGAGCACGAUCACCAGGUCCCCGCUGAGGUCCUCGCUGAAGAAGCCCAGGCCCAAGGAGGAGCCGGGGGCCAUGGGGAUACAGAACCCCGGCUAUUCGGGGAACUCACCACCGCUGAACCGGAACGGCAGCCAGAAGAAGGUCCGGAUACAAACGCACAGUACGGAAGUGUAGUGGUUUUAUACCAGCACGGUAUACAUACAAACACAUCGUACGGAGGUAUAGAUUGUUAGUGUUUUUUAUCAGAUAUUUAUCAGCAAGACAAUGUAUGUAAACAGUGCAGUGGUGUUGAUUGCAUUGGUGGAAUGUAUGGUUGAUUUUUCAGGUAAUAUAUUUAUCAGCAAGUUACUUAUCGGGGUGUAUUUUAGGCACAUAUGGCUUUGGCAAAAAGACGCGGAUUCGAAUUCCGCCUCAUGAUCAAAUUUUUUCUUUUCUAUAAAAAAUUCUCAAGAUCAUUAUAUAUACGGGAAUACGCUAUAUUGUACGCGCUCCAGAAUGCCGAUACAAAAUUCAGGCAAUUAUCCGACUUGUGUUGGCGAGCGAGCGAGAUGUAAUCUGUUGACCGUUGCAGUUUUAAAAUAUAUAUUGUAUUGGUCUAAUAAUAUUCUUGAUAUUUCAUUGGUUUUUACUAGCAAAGUAAGAAACAAUAAAGACUAAAUAUUUGGGUAUUUGUUUUGAACAAUUUGGUUUACAGAGACAGAUAUGUUUGGGAUGUAUAGGAAUUGUUUACCGGUUUAAUAAAGUGUAUAGAUAGACAAUUGUGCGUAUAAGAAUUGUUUACGAAUUCGGCCAUUUUAUGUCAUAUAUGUAAGGAAAGAUGAUUUUUAUUAUUAUUAUAUGCAAUACAUUUUUGUUUUGUUUGAUAAAACUGGUUUUAGAUGCGUUCGAAGUCUGUUUUUGAUAAAUUAGUCUAUACGAAUAAAAAACAACUAUUUAUUAAAUACUUUGAAAUUAAACUCAAAAAAAUCAGACAUUAAAAAUUUGUCAUAGUAAAUUCUAAAGGAUUUGAAAAUCUAUUUACAUUUCAUAUAUUUGUUGAGGGUGUUGGCAACACAAUCUAUUUAUUAAUGCAAUAUUAUUGUAGUGUAUAAAUAGCCCUAAAAAUUAUAAUUUUGCAAUACUUCUUAUGAAUUUAUAAUUCAAAAUAAUUACAUACAAUUUGUAUUGGUAAUAAAUGGUUUAGAUGCAUUCAAAUCACAGUUAAAAAUAAGUCUUCUUUACCUAAUACUUCACCACCAAUGUUUUCAUAACAAUUAAUUGUUUAGUAUGUGGUCAAAUUUAGAAUUUUAAGUCAUUGUUACGUUCUCGAAUUUGUUAGAAGUAAAGCAAUGAAUGUGUUAAUUUCCAAUAAACACAUUAUUUCUAUGAAUGUAUAAUAUUUAACACAUUUAAUGUUUAUGGAAUUGUUAGUGCCUCUCACAAAGUCUGCGCACAUUGUACCAUAAUAAUAUUAUUUUUCUUUUUCCAUUUAUGUCUUUAAUCCAUUUGUAUAACAGAAAUUACUUAAUUAACAAAUUCUUGUGCAAUAUCGUGAAAUAUUUUAUUUUAUUUCUUUUCAGAUAUAUGAUUUUGAAAAUCAAACAUUUGGUACAUUAUAUUAUAUGGUUUUAUAAGAAUUUUCUUUCUAAAAUAACACUACACUUUUAUGUAUGAACAAAGUUCUUUUUUUAAUAAAAUUGUAAAUAGCUUGGCACAUAGUGUUGCAUUUCAUUAAGGGAAGUUUGGAAUUUUAUUAUUAUGAUAUUUAAAGAUAUUAUAUGCAAAGAAUUAUAAGUAAAAUACAAAUUUUAUUUAGUUUAUAUAUGAAAAGAGGGACAAUGUUUAUUUACUUAUUACUUUAAUAUUUUAAAUUAAACAAUAACGAACUUUCAAUAUGUUCUCUAUAUUAAUAUUCCAAAUAAAAAUAUGAAGUAUAAAUAUUACAAAAUUAUAGAACUCUUCACACAUUUAUAAAAUUGGUUUCAUUGUGAUUAAUGUGUAAUAGGAGUUUUUGAGGAAAUAAUGAAAUAUUUUCUUUUUAUUUCAUAAACUACAUUUAUAUUGGAUCCUAUAUUGAAUAACUACAAUAAAAGAAGUUAUGCUACAAUACAAUUAUUCUAUGUUUAUGACAAGAAUCUACUUAUAAACAAUUAUAUUUAGUUUUUUCAAAACAGAUAAAAUGUAUACACUGCAAUUAUUACAAUUCUACAACAAUAAGUAUAAACUAUACCCCUUUGAAUGAAACAAUAUUUAAUUAUGCAUGUAAAUAUUUUUUCUUAGAUAUAAUUUUCCCACCAGGCUUGUUAGACGGUAACAAGUAUAUUGUUUUGGUCUCGUUUAUAAAACUGAUAAAAAUAACAUUGAUUAGUUUUAUAGUGUCUUAUUGGUUAUUAAUGUUUCAUAUAUUGAUGAAAGUCAAUUUUUAUUUUCUACAAACACAAUAUUAAAAUUGUUAAUUAAAUGGAAAAAAGUAUUUAGAAAUAUUAAAUAACCAUUAACCUCUCAAUAUCUUAAAAAAUAUAAAUAUAUAAAUAAAAUAUAACUAAUCGUGCCUUAUCCUUAGGGAAAUUUAAUCUUGCACUUGUGUUUAACCCAUUAUGUUUUUAUUCUUAGUUUAGUUUAAAUCCGUCCACAUUCUGGUCUUAAUUAAGUCUAAUUAGUUUCACUAUAGAUCUGUAAGCUAUGAAAUGUAUAAUAACAUUAUUUUUUUUCUAUAUUUGCAUAAAUUAUAUUUAUUCCACGGUGUCAGAAGUGAUACAAAUAUAUUGUUUUUCUGAAUCUAAAUGACGUAUUUUAUAUGUAAUGUUUAGUAUAACACUUGUACCUACAUAGUAUAAAUGUCAGAAUCAUAGAUAAUUAAGUCUCCGUCCGUUAUAUUUUAUGUUUUGUUUGAAAUUUCGAAUUAAAAUGUCGAUAAUUA